CCUCAUUUGAAAUAUAAAACUGCCCACCCAUUUCAGCUUUCUUUCCGGGAUUGUGCUUUGACCUAGAGCCAACAAACAGAGAGAAAGACAUGAACACCCAACCAGCUACAGCUAAGAGAAAUAGAAACCAUGCUGUUUGUGUCCCAGCUCCAUACCAAAGCCACAUAGGCACGAUGUUGAAACUGGCGAAGCUUCUAUACACAGAAGGUUUCUACAUAUCCUUCGUGAACACAGAGUACAACCAUCGACGCUUGGUCAAAUCAAAAGGUGUCAGAGCACUCGAUCACUUCCCUGACUUUCAGUUCCUAACCAUCCCAGAUGGCCUUCCUUCCAGUGAUGCAGACUCGAGCCAAGACCUCCAUGCUAUGUGUGAUGCUCUCGAAACAGAUAUGUCUGCUCCAUUCUGUGACCUCAUCUGCAAUCUGAGCCACACUGCAUCAACCCCAGAUGUUCCUCCAGUCACUUGCAUUUUCUCUGAUGGGUUCAUGUCAUUUGCCACCAACGAAGCUGCUCAACAAUUCAGCAUCCCUAUAGUACACUUAUGGACAAUCCCAGCAUGCUCCUUCAUGGGAUUCAAGCAAUACCGAACACUGAGGGAAAAGGGUCUGACACCCUUAAAAGAUACCGGUUACUUAUCAAAUGGCUAUUUGGAUACAGUAAUUGAUUGGAUUCCAGGAAUGAAGAACAUCAAACUUUGGGACCUACCCACUUUCCUUCGAACCACGAAUCCUGAUGAUAUUUUGUUCAACUCUACGAUGGAUGCCGCUGAGCGAGCAAAUACAGCUUCAGCAAUGAUCUUCCAUACCUUUGAUGCCCUUGAAUCGGACGUGCUUAAUGCACUGUCAUCCAUGUAUUCUCGCGUGUUUGCAAUUGGUCCGCUUUCGUUACUUCUAAAUAAGCUAGUGGAGGAAGAGAGUCCCCUGAAAUCCUUUGAUUGCAAUCUAUGGAGAGAAGACACCGAAUGUCUCCGAUGGCUUGGCACGAAGGAACCUAACUCAGUUCUAUAUGUUAAUUUCGGCAGCAUAGCUGUCUUGACAAGAGAAGAGCUUAUUGAGUUUGCCAUGGGACUGGCCAAUAGCAAACAUCCAUUCUUGUGGAUAAUUAGGCCCGACCUUGUCAGUGGAGAUUCAGCAGUUCUUCCCCAGGAAUUCAUCGAAGAAACAGAAGGAAGGAGUAUGCUUGCCGGCUGGUGUCCACAGGCGGCUGUUCUCAACCACUUGUCAAUCGGAGGGUUCUUGACGCACUGUGGAUGGAACUCUAUAAUCGAGAGUGUGUCUGCAGGAGUCCCAAUGAUCUGUUGGCCAUCUUUUGGGGACCAGAGGACAAACUGCACUUACGCAUGUACUAAAUGGGAGAUUGGUUUGGAGUUAUCAGGUGUAGUCAGGAGAGAGGAACUGGAAAGGCUAGUGAGGGAGCUGAUGGACGGAGACAAGGGAAAACAAAUGAAGGAAAGAAUCAAAGAUUGGAAGAAACUAGCAGAGGAGGCAACAGAUCCAAAUGGGUCAUCGUCCAUGAACUUUGACAAGCUAUUAAACGAGCUUCUAACUUAA